AUGAAUGCCAGUAUAAGCCUUCCCUCGCACCCCGGCUUGGGCGCGUUUGGGCAAGCCGUCCAGUUUCUCUGCGUAAGACACCGAGAUGACGUGCUGACAUUGGGGCUGCCGCGGGAGGAGCUGGCGGCAGCAGACAAGGACAGCUUCUGCGACAAGCUGAAUGGAGCCUGGCUGCAGCAGCAGGCGGCGGGCUCACUGCAGGAGCUGGGGGCGGCAGUGGUGUCAGCUGCAGUGAAGGUGCAGCAGGAGCUCGAGGGCGCCGCAACGGGCGGCAACAGGCGGUUCCUACAGGACCAAGUCAACACCCUCAACCUGGCGACAGCGCCACCGCCGCUGUUCAACAUCACUGUGCCAGCGGCGUCGGGGAGCCAGCCAGUACCUGCGGGAACGGCGCAGAACGGCGGUGUCGUCGUCCCCAGCCCAGCUGUGGUGAGCAACGUUGCGCAGCAGCCUGUCACGACCGGCGCGCAGACUGUCACCGCGCAGCCGCAGGUCCUCCAGACGGCAUCAGCAGUGUCGGCGAACAAUGGGACAACGGUUGCCGCUGGCACGCCAGUUGUUGUGAAUGGCACCCCUGUUGUGGUGGGCACCCCCGUUAUUGUGGGGGGCGCCACGCAGCCAGGAGUAGUCUACACCACCGGGACGGCCAACCAGGCGCCCGUCCAGCAGGUGGCGUACCUCCCUGUGCCUGUCGCCGGCGGCGUUCCAGGCCCACCUGGUGCCCCCGGACCUCCAGGCGGCUGCGCAACCGGAAACUGCGCGCCCGCCGCCUGCGUGAACUGCGCGCCCGCAGUUCCCACCUGCGCCACUGGGCGCUGUGCGGAGCCCGUGCACGUGCCCGUGCCCGUGCCGGUGCCCGUACCCGUCCCUGUGCCGGUGCCGGUGCCGGCCGCACCGGUGGAGACUCAGCCCCCUCCCCCAGUGGAGACGCAGCCCCCUCCCCCAGUGGAGACGCAGCCUCCCCCUCCGGUGGAGACACAGCCGCCGGUCAGCAACCAGGCGCCGGUGAUCGUGUAUGUGCCGGAAACGCCCACGGAGGUCUUCUCUGCGCCUCCCCCGCCCCCACCACCCCCGCCGCCUGAGAAUGCCACAAACUACGCCGAUGUGUACGGUGGCGGUGGCGGCGGCGGCGGCGGUGGCGGCUUCGGUGGCGGUGGCGGCGGCCUCAUCUAUGCUGGAGGCGGCGGUGCCGGUGGUGGCGGCGGCGGAGGCGGCUUCAACAACAUCCCGAACAACAACGGAGGGUCGCCCACGUUCCCGGGCAACCCACCCAACAAUCCGCCCAGCAACCCCGUCACCCCACCCAACCCCCCGGUGCCAACCCCGCCCAACAGCCCCAACAGCCCAUCGCCGACAUCUCCCUCACCCAACAGCCCAUCUCCACCCCCCGGCGUCCCUCCGAGCCCCCCCAGAGGAGACUUCUACUCGCCAAACGGUGGCAGCCCCACGGUGCCCCCUCCCAUUGCGCCCCUGUCCGCUCCUGUGGACAACACAUACGUGCGAGCCACGGCCGUCAACUCAAACGCCGCAUCCCUGCUGCAGACUGACGACCGCACUGGAAGCUUCUUCCAGCCUGUCGACGACACGCCCAGGAUCAACGUGCUGGCCUACGCCAAGGGCUACGUGGAGCUCAAGGGCAACGUUGUACGCGUGAUCCCCCAUGUGCAGAACCUGGAGACCUGCGCCAAGCACUGCGAGAUGGACUCCGCCUGCACCCACUGGCGGAGAUGCGCUGGAGGUGACUGCGGGGCGAGGUUGCAGGAGUGCGAGCUGAUGAGCGGGCUGGAGGUGGGCACGACUGCGGCAGCAUCCGACACCAGGACGGUCGCACCGGCAGUCCUGCAGCAGCACACCCCUGCUGUGCGAUACAUCGACCCCGCCCAGUCUGAUGUCAUCAUGGAGUCCGGCACCAAGAGCCCCAGCGAGUUCCCAACGGCGCUCUAUGGCUGCCCCUACCCGGCAGAGCCCAACGGCCAGGUGGGCGCCUGCAUUCCGCCUCCCCAGUGCAACUGCUCUGGCGGCGUCUGCUACGGCACCUGCUGA